AUGGGCAAGAUUGUCCCCAAAGGAAAGCUCAGACUUUUCUCUCUCAUCCCUGUGGUAUGUCUCAAUCUACUUUUCCCUCUCAAUCUACACACCAUGCACCUUCAAGGCUUAACUGCUUUCUUCAUAGCUUGGCUCGCCAACUUCAAACUCCUGCUCUUUGCCUUUGGCAAGGGUCCGUUAUCUGACCCAUUUCUCUCUCCUCCCCUUUUUAUAGCACUUGCUUGUCUCCCCAUCAAAAUCAAUGAAACCCCUUCUCCAAAGCCCCUAAAAGACCAUAAUAAAGAAAACCAAUCUCCCAAAACCUCCCAAAAUGACCAUAGUGAACAAAACCCAUCUCCCAAACCCUCCCAAAAAGGCCUAAAAUCAAUUUGGAAUUAUGCUAUAAAGUUUCUAUGUAUAGCUAUUUUGCUCCGUUUGUAUGGUUAUAGUGAGCAUUUACAUCCAAAGCUCUUGUGGUGUGUCUAUAGUCUCCAUAUAUACUUAGGUUUGGAAAUUUUACUAGCCCUAGUGGCAGCCCUGGCUCGAGCCCUGUUGGGCAUGGAGCUUGAGCCACAGUUCAAUGAACCCUACCUCUCAACCUCUCUCCAAGACUUCUGGGGUCGAAGAUGGAACAUAAUGGUGACCCGAAUUCUACGCCCGACUGUUUACGAACCUGUGCUCCAUACUUCAUCUCGGGUCAUAGGCCGAAAAUGGGCUCCACUUCCUGCCAUUUUCAGCACAUUUAUGGUGUCCGCCAUAAUGCACGAGCUUAUAUUUUAUUACUUGGGUCGUACUCGGCCCACAUGGGAAAUGACGGGGUUCUUUUUGCUCCAAGGUGUCUCAUUGAUGGUUGAGGUUGCAAUCAAGAAGGCAUUUUCCUGCCAGUGGCGGUUGCCUUGGAUCAUCACGACGCCGUUAACUAUCGGAUUCGUGAUGGUUACCGCGUUUUGGCUGUUUUUUCCUCCGUUUUUGAGGUGCAAGUCUAUGGAUAGAGGAUUUGCAGAGUACGCAGCAAUGGGUUCAUUUGUGAAAGAUGUUUGCACGGCUUUAACGUUCAAGUCUCUCAACAAUGUAACAACAGUUUAGGAUUUAUGGUUACACUCCAUAUCACCUAUUGUAAUACUUGCGGAGAACUCGUGUGAUUUGGAGGAAAAAAUAAGAAAUAGGUAUUUUCAAUAGAGA